CUGACAUAGCAGCAGGGGGGUUUGGAGGUGUUGGUAUUCCUGGUAUCAAACUGUAUGCACGAGGAAGGUUUGAUCUUGUUGUCUGGAAAAAAACUUACACUGCACUUGACAUAAUGUUCUCAUAUGUGAGAGACUUCCCAGACCGUAACUCUGUCAGCACUUUGACAUAUAAGCGUUACAUUAAGAUAGUUGGUUCCACACUCUUAAAUAAAAUGAGCAAAACUACAAAGACAUUCAAGCACACUCGCUCGUGGCAAAAGACAGUUCCUCUUUUCCAAGCAAAGUAUAGCUUCUUUAUUUAUGUAGGUACUCUGGAUCUCACUCUCACUGGUCAAAUAUCUGGACAAAUGAAGUUUGAUGCAUUUAUUGCCCGUUUGGAUAAUGAUGUUAAUAUGAAGGCAUCAGCAAUGCUUGAGACAGGACCUACUCUUACUAUUAAAGGAGAUGCUUCAGCUAAUAUAUUGCUCAUAUACAGAAUAGGUAUGGCAGUCUCAGCCUCCAUAUCCUAUACCAUAAAUCCAGAAGCAUCAACUUCAGUCUGUGGCUCAUCAUCACAGGAUGCUAAUGCAUGCUUUGAAGUAUAUGGUAAAACUAAAGGAAGUAUCAAUGUUUAUGCAUACUGGCAGCUUAAGGAAGUCUCUUGUAAAUGGCUAAAGUGCAAGGUUUCUUGGACAAAAGAGAAAAAAUGGCCUAAACUAUCACAUACUUGGAGCCUAGUAAAUAGAAGAAAGAAAUUGUUUGGUCUGUGUUAUGCUUGUAAUUGUAAUGGAAGCCACCCCCUCAAUGUCCUUUGCAAGGGUAGCCGGUAUGGAGCCUCACGAUGUUUCUGUUCAACAAGAAGGUCAAAUUGAUAUUCUUCAAUCCUCAUUGAAAGCUGAUGUGAUCAUUUUUAAUGGACUCCUCUUUUUUGUAGCUGAGUUUAAGCUUUUUAUUAGUGUAGCAUAUAAGCGUUUUCAUUCUUUAGACAAUGAAUCAAAAAAUAUCCAAUUAAAUCACCA